AUGAUUCGUUUUCUGAUAUUUGUACUCAUCAUACCAAAUACGGUCACCAAAGAGGCUUCAAAAGAAUCGCAAUAUGGCUACCAAACUGGUCAUAUUUCUUUAAACGAUUCAGAAAUCACAAUUCUUAUCAAUUCGACAUUCGAAAUUAUUGAGGAUUAUGAGAACGAGACUGACGUUCUUUCUGCCAAAUCUUCAACCGUCCCGCCUCGACCAUCAACAACACUGAAGACGAAAAAACCACGAUUACGAAAAAUUAAACCUUCAAAACUAUCCAGUUGCCAGAAGUACAGUGAAGAGCAAAAGUACAAAAUGCUAGAAGAAGCUGGAGGUCGAAAUCAAAUGUUUAUGGCAGACUCGAUAGAUGAAGCUGCGAAGAAUUUCGCCGAGACUUAUCCGGAGUCUGUAAUUGACAUGCCGGCCGCGGAUCAUAUCGAUCCGACCAGCUCUAAAAAUCAAGAGGAUUGCGAUUAUCGAUGCAAGAUGAUCAAGAACGCGUUGAAUUCGGAACUUCAGCGUCGAUCGAAUGCCUCGAUCCAUCGAUUUUCGAAGCGGCCCGUCUUUAGCGAUGCUCCCAUGAUUACUGGCUGCUCACUCGGCAAUUUUGUGCCAGUCGGUUUGUGCACGGACCUCGGUGAGACAGUGAACGUCUCAUUCGAAUCGUUAUGCUCAGAAUGCCACGGUCUUUACAUGCUUAAUGACAAUUGUUUCCCGAAAUUUUUCAAUGCGAUUCGAUGCAAUCCGCAAGAAAUGGGUUGCAUCUUCGACUCGUUCACUGAUAUGGUAUUUUCAGCACACGGACAAUGCGGAAUGCAAGAAUUAACAUUUAAAGUGCUCAGAAACAAUGGCGAUGACAAUUGCGAAGAUUGGGUGGUUGAGCAGAUUCUGCUGCCCGUCGCCUGCCAAUGUGCUCUCAGCAGGAACUCGUUCCUUCAUUCCAGGCCUCCCAAAGAACUCUGA